AUGGGGAGGGCUAACAGGCGUAAGAUAAUGAUUACGUACAUUUUCAUUUGUGCAUUAUUAUCACCUACCAUUAUGAGUUCUUCUAAAUUUAAUACAGUUGGAUUAUUAUAUCCUAACGUUUCAAAAUCAGAAGGCACAGAAAUCUACCAAAGUAUUUCAUCUGACAAAGGUUAUGUGAUAAAAACAAUGACCAGUGCACCACUAUACCGAAUUGUUAGUUAUUUCACUAAUCGCACGGAAGAAAGUGAAGCAAAAGUACAUGACUUACAAAUUCCUUAUUCAAUGUAUUAUACACAUAUAUAUCUUGCUUGGAAAUCUGCUGAUCAAUUGUUAUCCUCUAUAACUCUACAAUCUGAUAAUUCAGAAAGUAAAUUGAAUGGUGCUAAUUUAGUUUUAUCAACCUCUAAACUAGGUGAUAUGUAUGCACCUGCAUAUGUAUCAACACUUAGAGUUGCAUCAAAAGAUGAAAUUAAUCGAGCAUUAAUUAAAUAUACAGUAGAACAAUUUUUAAGAGCAACAACUUAUGGGUCAUAUCAUUUUGUUUGGGAAACGAAUUCAAAAAUGAAAGAAUUUAUGAAAGAAUUAAAUUAUGAACAAAUUACAUGUGGUGGUAAUCAUUCAUUUUAUAAUCCAUGUGAUUGGACAUUAAUGGGUUUAAAACCAGAAAUAGCUAAAGAACAAUGCCUAUAUCGAAUUAUUAAUAAUAAAUCUAAUAUUUAUUAA